AUGGCCUUCCGCUCCUACAUUGCCGCCCUCAUCCCCCCGUCCUUCCUCGCCCUCUACCUCUUACAAAAGUACUACCUCCGCACCUCCCGCCAGCUCCGCCACAUCGACCUCGAAGCCAAGUCCCCGCUCUUCACCCACUUCUCCGAGGUCUUGGCGGGACUAUCCACCAUCCGCGCCUUUACCUGGUCCCGCGCCAUGCUCCGCGAGAACCACGCGCUGCUCGACGCCUCCCAGCGGCCGUAUUACCUCUUCUUCUGCGUCCAGCGCUGGCUCAACGUCGUGCUGGACCUUUUUAUUGCGGGUAUGGCUGUCGUUCUCGUGGGGUUUGCGCUGUAUUUUACGAAUGCUACGACAAUGGGCGCCAUUGGUCUCGCCAUGGUGAAUAUCAUCAACUUUAAUCAGACGCUGGGUGAUUUCAUUGAGAUGUGGACCAUGUUGGAGACGAGUCUUGACGGACGAGAUGCCGCCGGCGAGAUCGCCUCCCAUUCCCUCCUAACCCUCCCCCGCUCCGCCAUCCGCACAUCCCUCACCACACUCCCACAGGAUCCCGUCCUCCUGCCAGGUACAGUCCGCGAGAACCUCGAUCCCGGAGGCCACACGCCCGACGCCGACCUAAUCUCCGCCUUGCGCAAGAUGAAAGUCUGGGAACCCAUUGAAGCGCGAGGCAGCGGCGGCGGUCUGGACACGGAAAUGUCCGCGACGGGGCUAAGUGCGGGACAGAAGCAGCUGUUUUGCCUUGCUAGAGCGGUGUUAAGGAAGCGGUCGGGGGGUAUUGUUUUGCUUGACGAGGCGACGAGUAAUUUUGACCAUGCUACUGAUGAAGAAGUUAGGAAGGUGUUGGAUGAGGAGUUUGGGGAGGCGGGUGUCACCGUUGUUGAGGUUGCGCAUCGGUUGGAGGCUAUUGUUGGGUAUGAUGUCGUCGUCGUGAUGUAUGAGGGUUGGGUGGUGGAGGUUGGCAAGCCGCGGGAGUUGUUGGGUCGGGCAUCGCGGUUUCGGAGUCUUUGGGAUAGUCGGGGAGCUUGA